ACUUAUCGGAUUGCAUCCGAGAAAGAUGCACUCAGCGAGCGAACUUGUGCUCCGUUCGUCGAGUGCGAUGGUGAUGCGUCGCCUUGUUGCCAUGACGAGGAUCGGUGCCGUGUGAGCGUGUCCCAGGCCGAACUAGACCUGGACGCUGGAUCUUCGGCAACCGGGCACGACAUUACAGUGGGUCGGGCGUUCAUCGACGAAUGCAAAGAUUCAUUCUGCUCACGAACGAACGAGAUGAAAACGUUAUCCAAAUUAUUUUGCGAUAUUGAGUACGAUUCAAUGGAUAGCGAUGAUCCAUACUCGUGCACCGCUUCGCUGCAUAUACUGAACAGUUCGUUUAGUGCCACUUGA